ACACCCAGUGGUUGCUUAGUGAACUGAAAUUCUCAGCACAGCUCGUCUGAAAACCCUGCUGGAGAUUUCUAGAAUAAAAAAGAUAAAUGCAACACGGCCUCCAUAUUCUCGUGUUGUCAAUGAAUGUGAAGUACUUUAGCGAUCAAAUGCAGUCCGAGCGUAUUUAUGUACUUUUUAAAAACGUUUUUCUGGUGUAACUACGUUAGUGACUCGCAUUAGUGACUGCGAUCUGCAGACUACCCUCGUAAAAAUACCACAAAACAAGCCUAGCAUAAAAACAGCGGCGCACAAUGCAGACGGAAAGAUUUAGUGGGCCAUGCUGGAGGCAACCUUUGAGGCCAAGUCAGGAUUAGAGCCACAGGCUGAUGGCAGGCGUCCUGGAUGGGGUCACGCGUCAGCUGCUUUACCAGUCCAAACAAAUCCCGGUCUUGUAUGAAGGGUCCAAAUGGAUUAAAAUGCCCGCAAAGAGCAGGAGUUGGAUUGCUUCAGGAAUAGCACGUACACCUGCUGAGGAUCACUGAAGAGAAGUGACAGAACAUUCUAGACAGACCGGUCAUGGUGUCAGGGCAGGUCGUAUGUCACGCGUGGGCCCGUGCCAGCCCAUUCUUUGUGGACCGGGAUGCUUGAAGUGGCUGUCGGCAGCGUCAGUAUAAAGGCAGCCCAUCGUUGGAGGGGUCCAUUGUUGCGGAGGCGUUCCCCCAGCACGCAGGCGAACACCUCAGGAGCCCCAACAAUGAACGCCAAGUGGGAUAAGCCAAAGUCAAAGAUCUCAGCUUCUCGCAAGCUCUCCUUAAAAAUGCUCCUCCUGACGAGAGCCUGCGAGGAUCUGGAGCGCGAGCGUCAGGAGAGGGAGGAGGAGAAAGUGCGCUAUCUGGAGGAGAAGUUGCCUCCUUUGCAAAUGUCUGGGCUGUCGCUGGACGAGCUGCAGGACCUGUGCAAGGAGCUGCACGCCCAGAUAGACGUGGUGGACGAGGAGAGAUACGACUGCGAAUCCAAAGUCAACAAACACAACAUAGACGUGAGUGUCCUGCAGCAUCUUCCUGCACUUUCAAGCUUGACGUGUCCUCCUGUCAUCCAGAUCCGAGAACUGAAGCUGAAGGUGCAGGACCUGGGUGGCAAGUUCAAAAAACCCGCCUUGAGAAAGGUAAGGGUGUCCGCCGACGAAAUGAUGAGGGCCCUCCUGGGCUCCAAGCACAAGGGCUCCAUGGACCUCCGCGCCAACCUCAAGUCUGUGAAGAAGGAGGAUGUCAAACAGGACAAGGUGCUCACGAGCGAGGUGGGUGACUGGCGCAAGAACGUGGAGGCCAUGUCGGGCAUGGAAGGACGCAAGAAGAUGUUUGACACGGGUGGAGCCGCACAGUGAGCGGAGGGGGGGAGUUCCUGAUUUGAUAAAUGUCGUCUUUCAAGGAAAAGUGUACUUUUUUUUUUUGGAAUGUUGCCCAUCAUCCACAAUCCUUACGUGAGACAUGGACACGUCUUUUUCUUGUCCGUGCCUUCUAAAUAUAUAAAAAGAGGUAAAAAGAGGCAGCUGUUUCAUGCACGUUGUGGGACACGCCUAUACCGCCUCCAACAAGACUCCGUUUGCAUCAUGUGAGCUGCAUAUGAAGCACAUUGUUAUUAUUAUUCUUAUUAACAUUGUUACACCCAAGAACUACCUUACUGGCGUAGUGACACCUCGCCACACCACACCGGCUAGCUACUAGCCGGCUAGUGGCUAGCUUCACCACACACUUGUCCACAACGCCUCAGGCCGCUAGCCAAAGUAACGCUACAUAUUGGAGCUGUGUUUUUGUGUUUGAUGCUAGGUGUAGCGUUCCUUUCUAUGUUGCUAUGUGACACCAAUGCACCCAGGAAGGAAGUAUUCCAUGUUAUGAUGAAUGUAGCUGCUACUACACGCUCACAGCAUGGAUGGAAAACCACUACACCUUGUUGGAACCUUUUGGAGGUGUUUUCAUAGGCGAGUUCCAUGGCGUGCAUUAAUUAGUUGCCUCUUUUUUUUUUUUUUUACCAGUUUUUAUGUCUUUAGAAGGCACAGAAAGAAGAAAGGAGUGUGUUCACGUCCCACAUGAGGAUUGUGGAUGAAAUGAGAAGACUCCUCCUUUUUGAAA